AUUCAGAGCAGAACAGGGUAGACCGAAACAGACACAAAACAAGCGAGUUAUGUAAACCUGUCCAAGAUGAUAUUACUUUUAUUCAGUCUUCUCCUUGGGAACAUUCCUUCAUUUGCAUUUUCAGCAUCAUCCGAGCCAAAAAUAAGCUGCCUUAUCAUAAAUCUGGACUAUGUUAACUGCACAUGGAGUGAGCCUGAGCUCAAGAACAAUUACAGUUUCAAGAGCAGGUUUACACAUGACGAAAUUCUGGAUUGUCCUGAAUAUCACAGGAUUAAUGGUGUUAAUGUGGGCUGCGUGUUUCCCUACAAAAAACAACAAAGGUUUAAAACGUUAAACACAUGGCUGUACAGUGACAACGGCAGUUUGGUGACAAAUCAAGAACAUGAUCUGAAAGAAUAUGUGAAGCUUAACCCGCCGUUCAACCUGACUUUGGUGGAGAGAAAAGAUGCUGAACUGUGGCUGUACUGGAAUGUCACGGACAAUAACAACUGUAUUGAGAGUGAAGUUCGCCACAGGACAGACAACAAUGACUGGAAGAACACCUCUCCAGGCACAAGAAGCUCCUUCAGUUUGCCUUUUCCCUCCAAAAAACAGUACGAGUUCCAGGUCAGGUCUCGAAUAUCAUUAUCGUGCGGAGAGUCCAAGUUUUGGAGCGACUGGAGUCAGUCUGUGUACAGGGGAUCUUUAAAACCAAACAACAUCACAGUGAAUGUGACUUCCAUGUCUGUGCCAUCAGUGGUGCUGUAUGCAGUGGGAGCCACAGUAAUACUCCUCAUACUCGCCUGCCUGCUGGUUCAGAGUGAGAGGUUAAGAAUAAUUUUAAUUCCAGUGGUACCAAAUGCAGGACAAAAUGUAAGCAAAUACCUUGCAUCCCUUUUUGACAAUGAUGGCAAUAUAGAGAAAUGGCUGUCUAUGCCAAAAGAUCUGGAGAACGGCUUCAAACCCAAUUUCACAGAGCGUGCCUGUCCUGUGCGCGAGUACAAAAUGGUGUCUCAUUCCAGCAGUGACAGUGAAAGCAUCCUCUCCAACCCAACAGACCUGUCAACUGAUUACCAAUGCAUGCAUAGCUAUUCAUCAGCCUCCACCAUAGCUGGACCUGCUGAAGCUCUACCAACCCAGGAUUCAUUUCCAGUGGAUAAUCCCGUCUAGGUGUCCGACUUAAAGGAUAAGUCCACUUUCAAAUAAAAUUGAACACAAAUUAUCGGCUUGCACAUGCUUCCGCUAAAAAGCUUACGCUGUAUGUCCUACGUCUUCCCUAGUGGAAGCACGUGCAAGGUGAUAAUUUGUGUUUAUAA